AUGGUUUUUGGUGAAAGCCAAGAUCUCAUUCGUACGCACUUCCAAAAGGAAGCCGACAAAGUUCGACUGAUGAAAACGAAUUGGGGAUUGUUUACAAGGUGAGAAAUAAUUAAAAUCAUGAAAAAGUUUGUGUUUCAGAACGAGGAUGAUAGCCCAGAGCGAUUACGACUUCAUCGUGACGUACGAACAAGCUGAAAAAGAAGAAGAACGAACGACCGUUCUCGCCGCGUUCAAAGAAAGGGCCGUCUACGCAUUCGUCCAUCUCAUCUCGCAGGUAUUUCUGAAUCCCGCAGCCAGCCCACUAAUCAGCCCUCUCCGUCAUUCAGAUCUCGAAAGAUGACUACGUAAAGUACACAUUGACAAUCAUCGACGAUAUGUUACGAGAAGACCCGUCAAGAACAAAGUUGUUCGAAGACGUCGGCGAGCUUCUGAAAAGGACCCCGUUCUCAUUUUUUAUAGGCCUUCUGCAUCGCCAAGAUCAGUAUAUUGUCAGUAUCACUUUCUCAAUUCUAACCAAAAUGUCUGUCUUCGGAAAAGCGAGGUGAGAAUUACAAAGUUUAAGAAAACAAUAAAGAUUUCAGAAUGGCCGGCGACGAACUAGAUUACUUCAUGGGCUCCUUGAAAGAGGCGAUCAGCCGUGGAACGAGCAAUGACUACAUCGCGACGGUCGUCAGAUGCAUACAGACACUGUUCCGUCUCGAUUCGUACCGGUAAAAACGCAAUUUAGUGUCGUCUUCAUCUGCUUUUUUUUCAGUAUUUCAUUCGUCAAUAUCAAUGGCUACGAAUCGCUCACCCACGCCCUUUAUUCGACGCGCAAGUGUGGGUUCCAGAUACACUAUCAAAUUAUCUUCUGCAUGUGGCUGUUGACCUUCAAUAGCCAUGCCGCUGAAAUCGCUUUGGCUGGAAAUCUGGUCCAGACCAUCACAGGUAUCCUUGGAAACUGUCAGAAGGAAAAAGUUAUCAGAAUCGUGAUCGCCACUUUGCGGAACAUACUCGAGUCUAACGUUGACCGUCACGUGAAGAAGUAAGACUGAUUACGCGCCCCAACACUAGAAUAUGCUGAUUCCAGACAAGCAGCUCUGCAAAUGAUUCAUAAUCGUCUUCCAAUAAAACUUGAACAUAUCGAAAGUCGCAAGUUCCAAGACACAGAUCUACUUGUAAGUUCAUUUUGUUAUUCAAGUUUAUAGACUUUUGCAGGACGAUAUGCAUUUCCUAAAAGGCGAGCUUCAAAAGGUUGUGAAAGUGCUCACGUCGUUCGACGAGUACGAGAAUGAGCUCCGUUUGGGCAAUUUGCACUGGUCUCCCGCUCACAAGUGUGAUGUCUUUUGGUCCGAAAAUGCGCACAGACUCAACGAGAAUCGUCAGGAACUGCUCAAGUUGCUGAUUGCGAUGCUUGAAAAGAGCAACGACCCAUUGGUGUUGUGUGUGGCGGCUCAUGAUAUCGGAGAGUUCGUCCGAUAUUAUCCGAGAGGCAAAACACAAGUGGAGCUGCUCGGCGGAAAAGAAGCCAUGAUGCGUCUGUUGACCGUCCAGGAUCCGAAUGUCCGCUACCACGCCCUUCUCGCCGCUCAGAAGCUAAUGAUUCAUCAUUGGAGAGACCUUGGACUCGAGAUAUAA